UGUACACUUGUCAUUUUCUUGUCAAAGUGUGUCCGUCAUCAAAAGCCAAAAGCCAUUUCAUUCCUUAUUUUUGGCGAAGUUUUUUAUCGAAAUGGCUGAAUCUGCUGCAGAAAUCCCGAUAACUAUAGAGGAGACUGUUAGAGAAACCAUCAAAAAUGUCACGGAUAAGCCACCAGCGAGUAUUGAGGGAAUUGCUAUUGCCUACUUGAGUUUAGUUGUUAUGGCUAUUUUACCGAUAUUCUUUGGAUCUUUUCGAUCUGUGAAGUAUCUGAAGGAGCAAAAGGAGUCCGGCGAGCGCGCGGAGACGAUGUCCAACAAGGACGCACUCAUGUUCCCCGUGAUCGCGUCCUGCGCUCUGUUUGCGCUCUACGUGUUCUUCCAGUUCUUCUCCAAGGAGUACAUCAACCUGCUGCUUACUGGGUACUUCUUCUUCCUCGGGGUGCUCGCGUUGAGCCAUCUCCUCAGCCCAAUAAUCGCCCUAGUGGUCCCGGCGUCGAUCCCUAACGUACCGUACCACAUCCACUUCACGCGCGGCGACAGGGACGCGCGCACCGACAUCGUCAACUACAAGUUCUCCUCCUAUGACGUCAUCUGCCUGCUCAUCUCGCUCUGUCUCGGCGCCUGGUACCUCUUCAAGAAGCACUGGAUCGCGAACAACCUCUUCGGCAUAGCGUUCGCGAUCAACGGCGUGGAGCUGCUGCACCUGAACAACGUGGUCACCGGCUGCAUCCUGCUCUGUGGCCUGUUCCUCUACGACAUCUUCUGGGUGUUCGGCACCAACGUCAUGGUCACCGUCGCCAAGUCCUUCGAGGCGCCUAUUAAACUGGUAUUCCCGCAAGACCUGCUGAUCAACGGGCUGAACGCGAGCAACUUCGCGAUGUUGGGACUUGGCGACAUCGUCGUGCCUGGCAUCUUCAUCGCCCUGUUGCUGCGCUUCGACAAGAGUCUCAAACGCGGCUCAGAGUUCUACUUCAGAGCCACAUUCUCCGCGUAUAUACUGGGCUUGUUGGCGACUAUAUUGGUGAUGCAUGUGUUCAAGCACGCUCAGCCAGCCCUGCUGUACCUAGUGCCGGCCUGUCUCGGCACACCCUUGACCCUCGCACUGCUCAGAGGAGACAUCAAUGCUUUGUUUAGCUACGAAGACCAGCCCGCGCUAGUGGAACCAACAGCAGAAAGCAGCAAGUCGAAAAAGACUGAGUAGAGAGAAAACAUACAGCACAAACCGCCGUGUUCCGAGUACAUAAAGUUUAUUUUUCUACAGCAUGACAACGGGGGACCAUGGCUGUCUACGACAUCUUUAAUAUGAGGUUACAGUUUCAUACACACAUUAGAUCAUGCCUAUUUCAGUGCAAGCACGUUGACGUGAAAAUAAUUUAGACGAAGCACAAAUCUAAAUAAAAAACAUAACAUCUACACGUAGCAAAAUAUCUUCUAAAACUUGACAGUCUAGCGAAGGUAUUUUAAACUUCAUUGCCGCGUCACUAGCAAAUUUUAUCCGCCAUUUUGUGCCAUCAAUGAGUUAAAACAAGAUGGCCGACUUAAUAAAAAGCUCAAUUUUACCGCUGUUUAAUAAAUGUAAAUAAAUAGCUCCGUAAUCGGCAAUGGGAUAGCGUAGUCUAGCAUGUUACCUGCUCCGGUUGUUUGAGGGCACACUUGUAUCCGGCUGUGGGACUUCUGUUUAUGUAAAUGUGACGUACUAAAUUAUAUACCUUGUUUUAAAGAUGUCGUGUUCAAGCCAAGAUAAUGUGACUUAUCCAUGCAUUUUUAUUUUAAAAGCAAAAGUGCAUUUGCUAAUGUUUUUUAAUUCUUUUGCGACUUGGCAGCCAAAGUAUAUGAGAAAGCGGUUUGAAUGGAAGAUUAGAUCUAUUUAAAUAUAUAAUAUAUAAAGAAAAUGUUAAUUAUAAAAUAAAUAUAUAAAAAUUAGCACGCCCGAAAGAAUAUUACUUAAAUAAGUAUGCAUUUGCACAGACAUAAUGGUGUUUUAAUUUAAAUUACCCGUAGGUAUCCGAUGUAUAAUUUUAGUGAGCACUGAAGAGAAGUUUAAAUUUCAAACGCACAAAUUGCAAUACAAAAGAUUCUAAUAUAUUUUGGCAGUCAAGUGAAAAUAUGAUUUAUAUAAUAUUGUAUUGACGUUCAAUUGUACACUUCCUAAUAAAAACUAAAAUCUUCCAAUGAUUGGCUCAUGCUAGUAUAAAUGUAACGUACACGUACAGAUGAACGGGCACAGAUGUGCUAUACGCAUAAUUAUAUUGAAAAUAGGUUGUAUGUUAAACGUUUUUAGACCGAUUUAAACAUAAAUAAAUUAUAUUUUUAAUACAAUUCCUACCAACUUAAUGUUGGUUUUUUUUUUCAUAAACUAUUUUUUUAUACUGUUUUUUUCUGUUCGCUAUUUUAUGUUAGAUAUUUUUAGUAGAAAUUGAAUUGAAUCAUUGUAUAUAAAAGUUUUGUUUCAAACGAGAAAUGUGAAAAUAUUAUUAUAUAUUUAACGUUAUAACGUGGUGCGUCGGACAGCUGGUGGCUUAUAAUUAUAGUCAUGAAACAAAGUGCCUCUUAGACACUGUAUAAAUCAUCUGGAAAAGGUGUAUGAGGCCUGAUGAGUCUCUUAGGCUGAGCUCUCUGUCAUACGCACCAUGUUAGAGCGAGAGAAUUAUAGUUUAUUAAGUUUUAUUUUUGUUGUCUUUCGAUAUGUUCGCUUCCCUGAGUUACCGACGUCUAGAAUGCUGUCACAUCCCUUUAGAAUUAUCAAUGUAAAAAUUCCUCAUACUGUAAUGUAAGUGCCGCUUAGUGGAGAGAAAAUUAUUAUAACAAAAUGGUGCCGAUUCGGGCAGACAAAACUUUUUUUUCAUACCACACGAUAAGAAGAAGAACUAUAAUAUGACAGCUUUAAAUAAUAGUGGGGUCCUUCACUUACGAUGAGUGCAAGAUAGAGCUAGUUUUCUGUCGAACUAAAUUAAAAUUAUGUUUGCGUCUGCAGAAAUCAGCACCAAUCUGGAUUUAACUUUAUAGCUCAUCGUACGUACUUGAUAUGCUGUCUUGUUUAGACAUUGUAUAAUUAUGAGAUUAAACGAACUUACCUGUAAGUGAAGUUCUAUCUCAAUUAUACGAAGCUCCUUGUUCGAGAGGUAUUUACAGUGUAGAGACGUAGACUACACUGUAAAUACCUCUCGAACAAGGAGCGAGUAUAAUCUAAUUAAUAAUCUGAUAGCCAUUACGGAAUUUAUCUGGCAGAUAGUGCUACUGUUAUCAGACACUAAACCAAGGAGUUAUCACGAUAAUUAGUCAGCAAUUGUUGAAACAGUCCCUGAUAAAAACGCUUCACAUCGUCCUUCAUUAUGCGCACUGCUAGGGAGUGGAAUUCUCUGCCGUCUUCUGUAUUUCCGAAUGCAUAUAACCCGGGUGCUUUCAAGGUCAGAGUGAACAGGCACCUACUGGGCGAACUCGCUCCAUCUUAGGCCUCGUCAAUGCCUUCGGGCAAGUCUGGGGCCAAGAGCUAACCCAUCAAAGGUAAAAAAAGGUAUUUUAAUUCUUGAAAAUGAAAAUCAAUGAGUUAUCACCUUUAGUAUAUUCUAAUCUUAAGAUUUUCAUAAGAUAAUUAUUUUAUUCCAUAGUUCCACGGAUUAAUAUCCUUAGUCAUCAAUGAAAAAUCUUUAAAAAGUUACAAAAAGACAUUCCGGGCACAAUUUUACAUAAUUUAUCUAUAUAAAUUAUCUUUAUGUAUAUCAAGUAUGUACGUUUAAAUUAGACCUACGUUUCGCACUGUACUUGUAAUUUAAUAGAAAGUAUGUAUGUAUGAUUAACGUCGUAUCCACCGCAAAAAAAAAACUGGACAAUAUGGCGGCAAAAUCGAAAAUAAUAUUUAUUUUUGCCAAAUCCUCAACGCACACAAUAUGUUAAAUUAUUUUUAAGACAAUAUAUAUUUAUUGAACCGCUAAAAACAAAACUAACAUUUAUAAAGGUCUCAUACACAGAAGUACCGCCAGCGCCGUGUGUUGCGAGCAGCGCUGAUAUGCGCAACGUGAUAAAAUAUAUUAUAUUAUCAAUCGAUUCAAUAUUUUUUUUCGAAAUCGAUAAGUAUGUUUUUUCCCCUAACAUGCGUGCCGCGUGUCACGUGAUUUUGUUCGUAUUUUGACAGAAUGGCAUGAUUUAUUUGGGUUCACAUAUUAGCACCAAGCGACAAAACGACAUAAUUUUAUCGUCAGAAAUUCAGAAUCGAUAAAAUUAAAAAAAUAUAUAUCACGUUGGGCAUGUGAGCCUGUGAGCCCUACAGGGGUUGAAAAAUUACUGUACCGAUUUUACGGACCGAUAGGAAAUCGGUACCGUAAUAUCAUACCGGUAUGAUAAGGGUAGCGAGUGUAAUUUUAACUUCUUGUAUAUUACCUUAUACUUGUCAAACCUUGGUUGAGCGCCAUGGAGCGGGAUUGUCUAUGGAACGGCGCCGCAACAGAUUUCUGUGUGCAGCGAGCUUAUUAGCCAAAUAAAUAAUAUUGUCUUAGAUAAUUAUUUGUCAAUUUUGUACAGAGCUAUCGGUGGAACGACAAAAUUCCGAAUUCUAUCAAUUAAUGUAAAGAUAAUCACCUACAUUGUAAUACGGUAUUUGUACUAGGAACGAUGAGGGCUGACUUGGUGACAAACACUCGCCAAUGUAAACGUUAUAAAAUAAUAAUAAAAGAGGGUAAAAUGUGUACAUAA